AUGAAGAUUAUAAUAUAUUUUUGCAUUUGGACGAUAGCAUGGGCCAUUCCAGUUCCUCAAACAAAACCAUUGGAAAGACAUACUAUUGACAAAUCUGUAAAUUUACAUCUCCCUGCAACACCGAAAGCACCUGUACAGGAUGAGUUAAAUACCAAAGACACUGCUGGAAAAAGUGAUGCUCCCACACCAGAAAGAGAAGGAGAAAGACAACAGUAUAGCAAAGAUGAUCACAAAGAAGGGAAUGGCUCUGAGUGGCCAGAAGUGGGUGGGAAGAGCUCUCCCACAUAUUCCAUUUUAGCCAAUGGAGAGGGGAAUACUGAGGAUCUAAAUGGGACCACAGCAUAUCUAGAAACUCACAGUAAUGAUAAGCCACAUGGAAAAGAAGAUAACAGCACAGCAAAUGGCAUUAGAGGACAAGUAGGAACUGUAGACAAUGCUGGAAUGGAAAGAGAGAGGGAUAUUUAUGGCAAUACUGAAGAGGACACACAAAACAGGGAAAUUGGAGAUGCAAGUCACAGUGAAAGUGCCACUAUUGUCCCCCCAAAUGGAGGAAAUAACAGCACACACCGCGAGGACGAAAUGAGUGGGAAUUCCUUAGGUAAUGAGGUUGAUACAAGAGCCACAGUGCCUCCAAAAGAAGGUCAGAUUAAUGGAAAUAAUGAGACCGAGGUAACACCAGGCAAUGGAGAAGAUGCUGGCCUGGCAAAUUCUGAUGGGAGUCCCAGUGGAAAUGGAGAAGAUGAAGGCCAAGGCUCCGGUGAAGAUGAAGGAGAAGAAGCAGGGAAUGGAAGAGAAGGCAGUGAUAACAGCAAAGACCAGGAAAGGCAGGGUCAUAGAAAGCAAGAUGACAAUGACAAUAGUGCAGGUCAAAACUCCAGUAGCCCUGAAAACACUGAUGGGGACAACAGCUCCAAGAGGGAGGAGGACUUGGAUUGGACUGCAGCAGCUGGUGGUAGCCAGAGAAUAGAGCACACCCAGAAAUUUGAUCAUGGAGAGUGCACAGGUGUGAAAAAUGAAGUAACUGAAGCAUCAGAACCAAGCACUAUUGGGAAGAGCCAAGUUAAGGGGAUAGGAAUAAAAAAUCCCAGCAGUGGCAUCAGAAAUAAUAUGACAAAAGAAGCUGAAAAAUUCCCUAACGAAAAAAAAAGUGAAAGACAAGAUGGAGUGAUCACGAGUAAAGGGAAUGUCAAGAAACAAGGAGAAAUUGACAGCAUUCAAGGAGCUGGUCAGAAACUGGUACCUGGAAGUCAAACAGUGUCCAGCAAAACAGGUAGUGACAGCAACAGUUAUGAUUUUGAUGAUGAGUCAAUGCAAGGAGAUGAUCCCAACAGCAGCAAUGAGUCUAAUGGCAGUGAUGAUGCUAAUUCAGAAGGUGACAAAGACAGUGGUAGCCAAGGAGAUACUUCUAACAACUCUGAUGAAUCACAAAAUAAAGACAAUGGCAGUGACUCUGAUGGAGAAAGAGAUGAUGAUGACAGUGACAGCACAUCUGAAACCAAUGACAGUGACAGUAAUGACAAUGGUGAUAAUGGAAAUGAUGAUGAUGAAAACUCAGACAACAGCAAUGGUAACUCAGACAGCAGUGAUGCCAGUGACACUGAGAGCAAAUCAGACAGCAGUGACAGCAGUGACAGUGACAGCAGUGAGGGUGACAGCAGUGACGGUGACAGCAGUGACAGUGACAACAGUGAUAGCAGUGACAGUGACAGCAAAUCAGACAGCAGUGACAGCAGUGACAGCAGUGACAGCAGUGACAGUGACAGCAGUGACAGCAGUGACAGCAGUGACAGUGACAGUGACAGCAAAUCAGACAGUAGUGACAGCAGUGACAGUGACAGCAGUGAUAGCAGUGACAGUGACAGCAGUGAUAGUGACAGCAGUGAUAGCAGUGACAGUGACAGCAGUGAUAGUGACAGCAGUGAUAGCAGUGACAGUGACAGCAGUGAUAGUGACAGCAGUGAUAGCAGUGACAGUGACAGCAAAUCAGACAGUAGUGACAGCAGUGACAGUGACAGUGACAGCAGUGAUAGUGACAGCAGUGAUAGUGACAGCAGUGAUAGCAGUGAGAGUGACAGCAAAUCAGACAGCAGCAACAGCAGUGACAGUGAGAGCAAAUCAGACAGUAGUGACAGCAGUGACAGUGACAGCAGUGACAGUGACAACAGUGAUAGCAGUGACAGUGACAGCAAAUCAGACAGCAGUGACAGCAGUGACAGCAGUGACAACAGUGACAGUGACAGCAGUGACAGCAGUGACAGUGACAGCAAAUCAGACAGCAGUGACAGCAGUGACAGUGACAGCAGCGAUAGCAGUGACAGUGACAGCAGUGAUGCCAGUGACAGUGACAGCAGUGAUAGUGACAGCAGUGAUAGCAGUGACAGCAGUGAUAGUGACAGCAGUGACAGCAGCAAUAGUGAGAGCAAAUCGGAGAGUAAUGACAAUGGUAAUAGUGACAGUAGUGAAAGUGACAGCAAAUCAGACAGCAGUGACAGCAGUGAUAACAGUGACAGUGAUAGCAGCGAUAGCAGUGACAGUGACAGCAAAUCAGACAGUAGUGACAGCAGUGACAGCAGUGAUAGUGACAGCAGGAAUAGUGACAACAGUGAUAGCAACAGCAGUGACAGUGACAGUGACAGCAGUGACAGCAGUGACAGUGACAGCAGUGAUAGCAGUGAUAGUGACAGCAGUGACAGUGACAGCAGUGACAAUGACAGCCGUGACAGUGAUAGCAGUGACAGUGAUAGCAGUGAUAGUGACAGCAGUGAUAGUGACAGCAGCGACAGUGACAGUGACAGCAGCAACAGUGACAGUGACAGCAGUGACAGCAGUGAUAGAGACAGCAGUGAAAGCACCUCUGACAGCAGUGAUGACAGUGACAACCAGAACAAGCCUGGUAAUGGCAACAGCAGUAGAAGUGACAGUGACAGUGUCAGUGAAGGCAGUGAUAGUAAUCACUCAACCAGUGAUGACUAG